CUUUGAAAUUAAAUUAAAUAACUUAUUUUUUUACCCAAUUUUCUAUUUAAGAUUUUAUUAACUCCUUAUGUCAUCCAUGUGUAUAAAUCUGAUAGUCUGCCUCCAAAUGAACCUUCUUUUUUCUUGUCCAAGACCAAAGGCUCUUUCUUCACUACCUUCCUUGUUACCCCUUCUGUUCAUUUUUCCCUCCUUUGUAAUUUCAUUUCAUUCUUAAUACAAAAGAGAAAAAAAAAUUAGAUAGGAGGAGAAAUCCUUUUGUACAGCUCGUUCAGGUACUAAUUGGUUUUCUUUCAGCUUGUUGUCAUCAUCUUGUGUCUGUGUGAUUUUUUCUAGCUUCCAAUCUGUUUUGGGUUCCCGUUUUUUCGGCUCAAAGUUUUAAUCUUUCCUCUGAUUACAGCUCAAAUAUGUUUUGCCUGUGUGAGUUUUUGCUAUAAUUUAGCUGGGUUUUCCGUUCUUCAAAUUUUAAGGGCCUUUUGCAUUUUUUUUUUUUUUUUGGUAAAGAUCACGGUUUUCCGCUUAAGUUUCUGGGUGAAUUCGAUUUUAGGUGAGAGUCAGCUAGAUAGUUUGUAAUAAGAUCUGUUGGAAAAUGAUCAUUCUUUUGAGAGCAGUGUGUUUGUAAAUCAGCAGAUUUUGUUUUCUGUUUCCCAAAAUCCCUAAUUGUCAAGCAUUCUUACAGAUCUAUUCCAUAAUUGAUUGACUGCACAGAUUAAACCUUUCGAAUUUUCAUGAUUAGGGUUUGGAAAAGAAAAACUUUUUCCUUUCCUAGCUUCACCUAGAGAUCUGUUUAGGUAUGCUCUUGUGUUUUGUCGGUAGAUAAAAUCCUGAGGAUCCUCUCAAAAUCGUUUCUUUUUUCCCUGUGUGGGAUACGAACUUAGAAAAUCGGUCUUCCCAAAGGGAUUUGAAUCCUAAGUUUUACCUUGAAUUUAUCGGUGAUAGUGAUUUACUUGAUCUUCGAGAAGUCCCAUAAAAUUUUCCUUGUUUAUUACGAUUUCUUUUAUAAGGAGGAAAAAAUUUCUUCAGCCGGCUAUUCAGCUCUCAUAUUUUAUUUUUGACCAGAUCCACCGCUAUCUUGAAUAAUUAAUAUUUAUUUAUAAUUAACUCAACAUGUAUGGUCAAAGUUCCCUACUGAUUCAUAUGUAUAGCCCUUCCCUUCAUACUUUGCUAAAUUCUUAUGUCAAUUUAUCCUUUUGUUUUUGUUGACAAGCAGGUUAGGCCUAAUUCGUGUAUACAAUUACUAAACUCUUGGAAGGAGACUUGAAGACCAUUAAAAGAAAAUGAAACAAAACGCUUUUGCUGCUUAUGAAGAGAUGAGGGCUUCUGUUGCUGCCUCCGUCCCACGACGUGUUCAAGAUUUUGGUCAUGGAAGGGACAGGGAUGCCGUGGUUUGCCCCGAGCCGAGGCGGGUUGGAGCCUUUAACCUCCCUCCGGUAGCUGAGCCUAUCAGAUCCCUCCGAUGGCAUGUUAGCCAUCAGCAAGAGGUUUGUGAUGCAAAAGCUGGAGCUGAGCUAUUGGACAUCAUCCUUGCAAAGGGUGGUUAUGGUGCAGAUCAAUCUUCUUGUGCACAGGCAGCCUCGUCGCCCCCUUUUUUUUGCGGGUCACCGCCGAGCAGAGUAUCUAACCCAUUAAUUCAGGACGCUCGAUUUGGGGAUGAGAAGGCCACCCCUGUGUCGCCACGCGCGAUACCGAUUCCCUCCGGUUUGGCUCCGUCUCCAACGGCAUCCGCCAGGAAGGCCGGCGGGUGUGUGAGGGCCAAUUUUGGUAACAAUCCGGCAGUGAGAGUCGAGGGGUUUGACUGCCUCGACAGGGAUCGCAGAAACUGCAGCAUCCCUGCCCUGGCUUGAAAAAUGGUCACCUGAUCAAUCCAUCCCAAAUCGAAAUAACUAAAAACAGUGAGUACUGAGUAUAUAUUAGAGGAAGCAAAAUUGCAAAACUUUUUGAGUAGCAGGAGCAGCAGCAACAACAGCAGUUGAAGAGGAAUUUUGAAGAGUUAUCAUGGAAAUCCAGAUUUGAGGAAUGUGAAAAAAGAUGGAUCCUUUUUUGAUUAGUGUAAAUAUGUUUCAAAAAGGGUCCCUUCUCUUGUAAGUAGUAUGUGUAUCAUCCUUGAGUGUCAAAAUCAGUCUGGUUUUGUAACUAGAUCGAGUUGUUUAUUAACCAGGACAAAAGAACUCAAGUUCCUUUGUUCUUCAUGUGUAGGAGAUAAAAUUUUAUGGUCAGAAAUCUAGAUGGGUAGAAGACUCCUUCCCCUUCUUCAUCCUUUUGUGAUGAUGUAAGUAUUGAGAUAUGGAGGAGGGAGGAGGGUCAGAAUUUUCUUCAUAUUAGAAAAAAAAAAAAAAAAGAAAAAGAAAUUGGUUGUCCAUUUUGAGGUCGUUUGAGAUUUGAAAGGAAGGCGGCUUUGUGAUGAGAAAUUUGUAUUAAAAAAAAGAAAAUCAUCUUGUGGGUAAUGUCGAUGAGUCAUCAUCUUUGUAGUCAAUUGCCUUUGUAAAUAUUUAUAUAUAUUAUGAUUAUGAUAUAAACAUCAUUUCGGCUACAAUGCGGUUUCCUUCAUCUUUAUGUGAACUUUUUUUUAUUUAAUUAUAGCUCGUUUUUGUCUCUGUUUUCUUUUUCUUUUGUUCAUACGGGAGGCAUGUCCAUGAUGAUGUUUCCAGUUGUUGGUAUGAUGAUGAAGCUGAUGAUGUCCGAUUCCCCCUUUGCUUAUUUGCCACGCGAAAAAUCAGAAAACGGUAGGUGGAAAUGACUGAAAUCUGGAUGGUGGGAAUUCAUCUCCGCUUUCACUGUCUUGUGAGAGCGUUGUUGGCCUAAUAAAUUAUCAAUUUUUUUAAUAAAAAAAGUCUAUAAAAGCCUAAAAAACUACUCUAGUUAAUGAAUUUUCUGGCCUGAAAGUUUUAAUGGAUUUUUGGUUCAUAUUUCUUUGGCCCAGCCGCCUGGUUAAAUAGACUUCUUGCUUAUUUUUCGAACCCCAAUGGCUCCUUUUGGAAAAUUGUUUCAGCUGUAAUGUUGUUACAAUGUCAGAAUAUGUUGCGACUUUCAGAACACAAAAUCUUUUAUCAUCACAGAAUAAACAUUUACG